AUGUCGAAAUCAAAGGACAGCAGCUCCUCGGGGGGCUUUCACCAAGAGUACAUCGCAUCUCUACGCUAUCGCAAUGACCUACCUCCGCCGGACAUGCCUCCGAAGUUCAUGGAGAUACCUCAUGAGGGCCUCCAACGAUUUUUGACACCAGGUUUCACGGCCAAUCUGGCUCGUCGCGAGGAACCUAACAUCGAUGUUGACGCCGAGGGUGGUAUGCCCCUCGACUUGGUCGGUAUUCCCGGCCUGCAUCUGGGCGAUGAGAGUGCUAUCAUGGCUCCCGAGAACCCCGAACCCCUUGACCCCGCCGAUCUCGCACUUCUCAUGACACCGGAACAGCUGAAGAACCCUGCCCCGAAAAACACCAACGUCAGUUUCCUCCGUCGCACACAAUACAUUUCUGCGGGGCUUCGUGCGCCGGAUAGCCCCAAGGUCACGACAGUCAGAACAAAGUCGCGUUCCCUCGACAAAGGCCGGUCACAGGAUGACCCUAUCUAUAUCAAGAAGUACCUCCAGAAAGGGUUCGACAUCGCGUACCCCAAUAGCAAGCAUGUUGGCGAAGAUACGGCGAGCAGCAUUAAGGGGCACACUGCGACGAAGCUCGAACUUGAUGCAUGGGCUCAUCCAGUGCAUCCUGACAAUCCUAAAUUGAAGCCGGUCGGGUUCUUCCCUCUCCUUCCUGAUCUACAAGGAUUCCCUGAUCCAGGAGGCUUCGUUCAAUUCAAGUUCGAUAAAACACCCAUCCAGGAGAUAUCAAAUAAGAGAGACAAGCGCAUGGAUGUGGCAAUUCUACAUCCGUCUGCACCAGAGGAGCGCAUAUGCGAGGAGCACGCGACCAAGGCCGCCCUGCACAAGUCAAAUCCUGAUUUGUAUCCUGACCCCGGUCCCAUUCCCUGGGACUACGAUCUGUUCUUACCCGAGAAGAAAGAGAUGGCCAAGAGCGUUUCUGCAAGUCUGCAGUUGACCAACCCGGACCGUAAUAGUGAAGAGCUGUACACUCAUGACGGGCCUGACGGUACCAAGUUUCACCGUUACGAUCGUGCUCGUACAUAUGCUACCAGCGCUCAAACCCUCGGUGAUAGCCAGAAGCAGCGAGACAUAGCCGUCACGCUUUUUGAUCCUUCUGAGGUGCGAGGAGGCCAGCGCGACAGCUUGUCUGCGAGACAGGUGGCCGCCUACUACUAUCCCAUUCUUGGAAAGACUCGUUUGAAGCCCGAGAGAGCCCGUACCAUUGCGCAGGCGGGUCUCGCCCCUACGCGGCCCAAGACGAAAGAAGACCAAGUUGAUCAGAUGCAAGUUGUCAUCCGCGAUCCAGAUGAGGCGGAGGCAUACAAGCGGGCUCAACACAGACUUGCCAUUGACCCGAAAUAUUCGAAAAGUAUGCCUCCCGCCCCGGAAGAAUCCGAGCCGGAAGCCACCAAGGAUGAGGACGAGUUCGAUGCAUCUGCUCACCGCGACGCAAGCGUUGAGCGGGAGCCAACUCCUCACGAUGCAGAUGACGACGAUAUGAGCGACGAGUGA